AUGGCAUUCCUCAUCAUGUACCCGGCUGUGGCCGUUCUCACUCUGUUUGUUCUUAUAGUUAUCAUAUUAAUGCUAAGAUUUGGGUCACGCUGGUGUAAACUCCGUCACACUGCAUUUGCAGACCAGGAGUAUUGGACUGAAGAGGAAGCCUAUGAGCAAAAGGUGUCUUAUGCAUAGUUGUAUUAAUGCACCAUUCAUGUAAAGUUAGUAUAAACUGGGGCAAUUUCUUCCACAUUUCUAACAAAUGUUUUUUUUAUUAAAUGUUCUGCAAAAUAGCAGUACCAAUAAUGAAUGCUCCAGUCUAUUCUAACCUGCUCACUUUGACACUGUUUUACUUUGAAUCGCACAACUAAAGAUCUGUCUUAUUAUCUAAUUAAUAUUUCUGUUUAAGUGUGAUGUGACUAACCUAAUUACUUAAUGAAAUUUCUUAAAAUUCAUUUUAAAAUGAAUAAUAUACAGGUUAUAUUAUUUACUAAACUACUUCAGUUUGAGUGGGUAUGUUUUACCUUAUAUUUUGUUUGAAAGUGUAUGUAGAAACAUAAGAAUCAUGUAGUCUCAUGACAAGUGCCUUGAAGUUACAAAUUUUAGGAUAUGUAUACUUUAUUUGUGUAAUAAUAAAUUAAGAACUGUUUAAAAAUUAAGAAUUGGGCUAAGGAAAUAGCAGUAUACUUUACUAUAUACACACAAUGUGGCUUAUUAAAAUCUGUUUGGAGUUUUGGUCUCGUAUAUGUAUUCCACACAUGAUAACUCAUAUUAAAUAAUGAUAUAGGUACUGAUAAUAAUUUAUAUGCAUUGUAUGCCACAGAAUACCAUGGAGCUUGAUCAGUUGCCUCUUGUUAUAUAAAAAUAUAUUCUAAUAUAAUAUCAAAUAACGAUAUUGAAACAAAUUCCGUCCAAUACCACCGUAAUAUGUGUAGCCUAUUGCAUUUAGAUAUUUAAGUUAAUAUUUUUUUUAUACUUAAUGGAUUUUACAGCCAAUAAAAUCAUUUCUUAAUA